AACAUAUUACGAGGGGGGAAAAUAAGGACUAGACUAACAGUCUACUUGGAGAUUUUAAGGACAUGAAAGUUUUCAAAUAUUUUACCUUAAACUAUUAUAUAUGUGCUUGUUUACAUUACUAACUGUAACUUACAUUGUUGUGUAUUAAAUUAUAUCUUUUUCAUUUUAUAUAUAACUCUUCAAAGAGAUUAUAGCUGUAUAGUAAAAAACAAACAUGCAUGCAAUGUUUGACUUUUGUGAAAUGAGUAUCUUAGCAACAGUUCUAAAGUUUUAUCAAUAAUAUAAGUUGGUUUGUUGAGCUUCUGGUUCAAGUGAUAUUUGAAUUUAACAAUGGUAGAGUUUACAGCAGCCCAGCUUGAGAAGCUAACAGAAUUGAUGAGACCUCCAGAACCAGAAAUACUACAAGGAGAUGAUCUUUCUUCAACAGGUUACGAAAUAACUUCAACCAGAAAUAGUAUUUCCACCGAGAAAGAGGUUACGAGAAGGCCAAAAACAAUUGAAGAAUAUGAGGCUCUUGAGGCUGCAGAAGCUGAACAGUUAUCUGCAGUUGGUGCUGGUAUUCCUGAUAAGAAAACUCCAUCUUACACUAUGAAUUAUCAGCAGUCUGUUAGUGCAGAAGAUGUUUUUCUCCAGAUUGGUCCCAAAACACCAUCGACGGCUAGCUGUGAAAACCUCAUUCUGAGGGUUAAAAUGCCCGGUGAUAAAAAAGAAAAUGUAGAUCUUAGCGUUGAUACAACGAAUGUUACUGUCACAUCAUCUCAAUUUCAUCUGAAGCUGCCCUUACCUCAUGCGAUCAACCCUGACACGUCAAAAGCCAAUUGGGAUACAUCAGAAGAGACCUUAGUUCUGACUUUGAAACUGGAUAGGGAAUUUGAUUUUGUGAACUUCUAAUUAUUAUCAUAUAAUGUGUAAACAUUACAUAAUCUAAUAAAUU